AUGAUUGGCGGGACGGCCUGGAAAAUAAUCAAAGACAACGAAGAGGAAAUCAUUUAUGCUAUUGAUUAUAAUCAUAAAAUUGAGAGGCUCGUUUCAAGACUAAAAAAACUAUUCGCCAUUCACUUACUGAAACCAAAGGAAAAUAAUAUAAAAUCUGAGGAGUUUGAGAAUUAUUAUGAGCUUAACACAGUGGAGGAAUAUACCAGUGAAAUCCGACAUGUUGAUGUACGGGCAAAAUCACUCUUUAUCGACUUUGAGGGUAGGUCUGAUGGCGAUUCUAUUCGGAGGAUCCUUCAGCAGAUUAGGCCAAAAAAUCUAUCAGAAGGAGGUGAAAACUGCCUGCUUCAAAUAGGAGAUAUUGUAAGCUUGCAUCUUCAAAGUGAUUAUAAUGGAUUUUUAUCGACAUUGGGAUUGGUUGACGACCGAUGUAUGGUAAAUCCUUCAUCUGGAGAUUCUUCUUCUCCACCAAACAAAUUUAGAGAUUGUCAUUUUAAAAUUCUUCCAAUGAAUAAAUAUUCAGCACAGAAACAGUUCAAUGUGGCUUGUCAAAGUCAAGGCUUGGAAGAAAAUAAUGAAGUUUUGCUUAAAAAACUACACGUUAGACUUUUAUUAGUUGAUUUUAAGGACGCCGCGCAAACAGAAUUUAAGCACAACGAAAUCAUAAACGAAAAAUUGCAAGGAACAGUAGUACAGUACGGAACCAUUAUUCAAGUCAUCAUUGGAGACAAUUUAAUUUUUAAGCCAGUAGGACUCAAUAUAUGCUUGCAUGCAAGUAAUCUUGAGCUAAAAGAUUAUCCAGGAUGCAAAGAAGUAGAUAAACAAAGUUGCCCAUGGAAAAUUAUUUUAUUUUUAAAAUAUUCAGAAAAUUCAGAAGAUGUUCUAAAGGGGUUGGAAAAAUUAAUAAUAUAUUUAAAGGGAGACGUCGUCCGUUUAUUUCAUGCCGAACAAGAAAAAUAUCUCACAAGUGACCGAUAUAAAAAAACGCAAUAUGUUUUUCUAAGAACUACUUGGCGUUUAUCUGCAACAACUGCUACAAGUUCGCAAGCUCUGUGGGAAGUUGUCAAAAAUGAUCCUUGUCGAAGUGGUGCUGGCCAAUGGAAUAAUUUUUACCGAUUCAAACAUCUUGCGACUGGCCACUACCUUGCUGUAGAAGUCGACAAUUCAAUUUCAUCUGACUUUAAAAAUGAAAACAAAAACAGUUUUACGCUAGUUUGUGUGCCACAUGGUCAAGAUAUUUCUACAUUAUUUGAACUUGAUCCGACAUCCCCCAGCCGUGGAAAUUCAUAUGUCAGACUCUUCCAUACUUCUACGAAAACUUGGAUUCGAAGUACAGCUAUUCCUAUUGAUAAAGACCAAGAAAGGCCAAUUAUGAACAAAGUUUAUUUAUACGACAAAGAAGCAUUUGCAUUUUUAUCUGUCUCUAGACAAGAAGUUAGAGAUUUAGACUUUGCCAAUGAUGUUUGUCAUGUUUUGGAAAAUAUUGCAAAAAGUAUGAGAAUCAGAUUACUUACUCAACAAGAACAACAAUCUUCAUUUUGUCGCUUACUCUUACAUCUACAUAUUAUCCGGGAUCCUCAAGAGCUGGCAAUUCCGAUUGUUUUAAUCGAUGAAAAUUUUAAAGAACGUGGAGAACGGAUUACCAGUGGAAAAGAAGAUUUCAUGCAAAAGAAGCUAUACUGGACUUUCUCCGAAAAUCUUCAAUCAGGAAAUACAUCAUGUCAAAUACUAACAGAAAAACCCGGAUUGACGAAUCUUUGGGAAAACUUAUAA